GUAAAUACAGAUAUGCAUGCAAACUAGUUAGCYCGGUAGUCUAUUAGGUCAAAAUUUGGUUUUAUGCUGGCGUUGGUUGUGCUCUUCUGCAAGCAGGACUCCGAUUGAAAAGGUAUAUAGCUAUGGCAGAAGGGGCUUUAUUAGAUGGUAUUGCACAUGAAUAUCGUAGUCGUAAAGAGAAUGGACGGUAUGUUAUUCCAUGGGGAGGCAACCGACCAUCAAACUACUCUGUUUUUAAGUGGUUGGUUAGUGAAAGGGACAACUCUGGUGUUGGUGGGACUUGGAAACAGUUUUGGAGAUUCAAUGAAGAGGAACUUGAAGAGAAUCUUCCAGUAGUCGAAGCAGAUACUCAUGCCUUACAAAACCCACCUCCAGAUCACAUUCAAGUAACAUGGAUUGGUCAUGCUACUGUAUUAGUACAAAUGGACGGAUUAAACAUCCUUACUGAUCCUGUUUUGAAUGAUUAUUGUGGUCCAUCACGGCUUACAAGUAAUAAGCGCUAUCGUCCCUUGACAUGCACUGUAGAAGACCUACCAGAUAUUGAUGCAGUGAUUAUAAGUCAUAACCACUACGACCAUCUUGAUUAUACUUCAGUUAAAGACUUGAAUGCACGUUUUGGUCACAAAAUAUGUUGGUAUGUUCCCAUGGGUACUGGGAAGUGGAUGAGAGAUACUGGAUGUGAAAACGUACAGGAGUUGGAUUGGUGGCAAGGAAGGCAACAUGGCUCAGUGUCCUUCUAUUUAACYCCAUCACAGCAUUGGUGCCGUAGAGGAAUUACUGAUGAAAACCUUGCAUUGUGGGGAAGCUGGGCUAUUGUUGGACCUAAACACAGGUUCUUUUUUGGAGGAGAUUCUGGUUAUUGUGAUGUGUUUAAGGUUAUUGGUGAAARGUUUGGUCCUUUUGACUUAGCAGCACUGCCGAUAGGAGCUUAUGAACCAAGAUGGUUCAUGAAAUUUCAGCAUACAGAUCCCCAAGAUGCAGUAGAAAUGCACAAAGAUCUCAAAGCAAAGCRUUCAGUUGCUAUUCAUUGGGGAACAUUUGCACUUGCAUGUGAGCAUUAUAUGGCACCAAAGAAAGAAUUAAAUGAAACUCUUGAAUUGCAAAACAUUGAUCAGUCAGAGUUUUUUGUUCUUAAGCAUGGAGAAACCAAGGAAAUUUUGGAAUAGAAUCAGACAAAAGUCCUAUUUAUUAGCAUAUUUUAACUCUGAGUUUUUUAUUGUCACUGAGUUUAAUGAAGAUAUUACACUGAAGUUUUAGAAACAUUUUAAUGUCAGAGGUUUAAGUGUAUUGAAAGUGUGACAAACACUGCAAAAUGCAUUUUAUGGAAUGACAAAACAAAGUCAAACAUUUAUUUGGUUAUUUUUUUAUAUCUUGUAGGAUUAAUAUUUCCUAACAAAAGACAUGUUUUCAAACAUAUACUAGCUCAACUACUAACAGUACUUAUUGUAACCUAACACUACACUGUAAUAAACUACUGUCAGUAGCAGAACACAUGAA